CACACAAAGGCGCUUUUAUUUCAAUUUCACUUCCGCUUUCCACGUUAAUUCUUGGCAAUUUUUUUCUUUGAAAACUAGUUCAAUACAUGUUUCACAUUUUGGUGUGAAAUCAAAAGAAAGCAAAAGCAAGCCCAGCAGCUUGUCUAUUUCCUGUUUAUUUAUUGAAAGUUUUCCCAGCAGCAGAAGCAGAAAAACCAGACAUCGAUCCGGACGUUAUUAGCACAAUGCUUGCAGUUUCUUAGCAUUGUUUUUCGUCGUUUUUAAGCAAAGUAUUCAGUCUCCGUGACCAGCGCCGGCCCCGUAUGGCAAAACGCGCCUACCAGCCACCAUUAUCAAACCUUUCCAGGCAACCACCGUUGUCCACUACACGUAUGAAAGGCUAUAAUUGCGGUGUUUAUCGUCUUGCGUCGUUACGCAGACAGUUUUGCAGGGAUCUGCAAGAAUGGCCGAAAGUUUGGACACUAACGCUUCCCCAACCGCAUGCCGAAACGUUAACGAAAUAAGUAAAAAUAGUGAAAGUGAUCGUUGUUUACUCGUCGCUAAAAGCGGCGUUAAGGACGCGUCGAUUCUGGUGCCCAACGGCACCAAAAGUCUUAGUAAUAAUAAUGGGAAACGCAUUUUGGAGUUGUAUCGUAACGAUAAAAAUAAUGAGAUGAAUCCAACCGAAUCUGAACAGCUCCUCAUCAUGCCUACUCAGCCCAGUCCAGAAGACAAGCCAGUAUUACAUGUUCAGUUUAAUCACAUAGCUAGUGAUUCAUCAAUUAAAAAAGAUCCACCGUCACCUCCAUUAACCUCAUCAGAGGAGACAAGUUCAUCAUCAAGUUCGUCCUCUUCCAGUGAAUCUCUGGAAAUUGCAGAAGCGAGACCUCCAGAUGGAGGUUGGGGUUGGAUGGUAGUAGGCGCUUCAUUUUUUGUUAAUCUCAUAGCAGACGGAAUAACGUUUAGUUUUGGUGUGAUAUUUGUGGAGUUUUUAAAUUAUUUCGGUGAAAAUAGAGGUACCACGGCAUGGGUUGGAGGAUUAUUUAUGGCCAUGCCUUUACUUUCAGGUCCAAUAGCUAGUUUUUUGACAGAUAGAUACGGUUGUAGAAAAGUAACGAUUUUUGGUGCGCUGUUGGCUUCAAUAGGGUUUAUAAUAAGUUCUCAAGCGAAUAGUAUGUUGGUUCUGUGUAUUACUUUUGGAGUUCUAGCCGGCUUCGGACUAAGCUUGUGCUAUGUAGCUUCAGUUGUAAUAGUAGCCUACUAUUUUGACAAAAAACGUUCAUUUGCCACUGGUCUAGCUGUUUGUGGUAGCGGUAUCGGCACAUUUAUAUUCGCCCCGUUAAUCCAGAAGCUUUUAGAAGAAUAUGGUUGGAGAGGUACUACUUUGAUUCUAGCUGGUCUAUUUCUAAAUAUGGUCGUUUGCGGAUGUUUAAUGAGAGAUUUACCGUGGACAUCUGAAAAACAAAAAUCCUUGGCCAAAGAAAGAAAGAAAAAUAGACAUAUGAAACGUAAAAAUAGAUUAAUGUCGGCAGACUCGUUUUCAAUUAGUACUGGAACUUGCACAGCUAGCGUUCUCCAACCGAUUAUAGAAACUAGUGAGGAAAAUGAAUUUGAUAUUCCAACAAAUAGAUUGUCUAGUUCUGUAGUCCAUUUACCAACGUACAUAAGAGACGGUGAAAAAAUCCCCGAAGAAGUCUUAGAACUGCUGGCGGGCAAUAAAAAUAUCUAUAGCAUAUUGCUGACCAACUAUCCGAACCUGUUGGCACCUUCAAGGAGUUUUAGUGAUGCCGGUAGAUUGAAUGAAGCAGCUGUUGCCUUAUCAUCGAAACACGCAAACACUACAACACAACUUUCACCUCCCACAGUGUUAACGCCCAGAGACGAUGCUUAUUGGUUGAAAAGAAAUCCGACUACUUCAACGCCAGCUUCGCCAACUAAAAAGGCGCCGCCGCCAACUAGUAUUAGAAAGUUGCCAGGAACUGCUUUUUUGAAAGAUGUUAGGAUUCAUAGGUUAUCAGUAACCUACAGAGGUGCCAUGUUGAAUUUGAAGCGAUACCGUUUGCGGGCCAGCUCGUGUCCUGACAUCUACAGGAACUCUAUGACUACCAUAGCCCAGGAAAAAGUCCAAUGGUACGCCGGACUGUGGGACUUCUGGGACCUUUUGGUAGAUAUGUUCGAUUUUUCCCAUUUCGCCGAUCCGAAGUAUCUGGUGUUUGCCUUGUCCAACUUUCUUUUGUACACUUGGUACGACGUGCCGUACGUGUACUUGACGGACAACGCCAGCAAGUUGGGUUAUUCGGACGAAGAAGCUUCGAUUCUGAUAUCUAUCAUUGGGAUUAUCAAUAUGGUUGGUGAGAUUAUCCUUGGAUGGGCAGGAGACCGUUCCUGGGCUAAUGCCAGUAUCAUCUAUGCAAUUUGCAUGUGCCUCUGCGGCGGUGUCAUAGCCCUGAUUCCGUUAAUAACUGACUACUCCAUGCUCUGUUUGGUUUCUGGUGGUUUUGGAUUCCUUAUAGCUGCCAAUUACUCAUUAACGUGCGUCAUACUGGUUGAACUUAUUACUCUGGAUCGAUUUACGAACGCCUACGGAUUACUGCUGUUGGUACAAGGAUUUGCGAACUUGAUAGGACCACCGUUGGGAGGUUGGCUCUACGAUAUAACUGGAACGUACCACUUGAGCUUCUACCUGGCAGGACUCUUCAUAGCACUUUCAGGGAUGAUGUUAGUAAUAAUACCAAUAACCAAAAAGUAUAAACGUUUCAUGCGCAACAGGUCAUCAUCUGAAGUCACCAUUAAGGAGACUUCACCCAGCGAUACGAAAAAUCCUACAAUUGAAACUAAAGAAGAACAUCCUGCUUGAAAAAAUACUCAGAAAAAGAGUUGGAAAUUUGAGAUUUUACUGAUUUUAGUAGUAUGUAGGUACCUACUUUAUUUAUUUUUGGGUAACUUAAGUAAAACGUUAGGGGUUUUUUGAUAAUAAAUCGUUAAGUAAUUUUUGUACUAAUUUUCUAUUUUCGUGAUUAAUAAUUAGCAACUUCAAGGAAAAAGUUUUAGCGUAAAAUUUAAGCUAAAAUCUAGUGAAUAACCUACCUCUUAUUCUAUAUAAAUUUUCGUUUACAUCAGAGUGUUUGAAUCUCAGGUCGCCCAAAAAAUACCCUAUUUUCAGGAGAGAGAAAUACAUACUUUCAGUUUUUAAAAAAAGAGACGGUUGUGCAAAAUCUCAAAAACUUUCUAAAAGUACCUAACUUCGGUACGCUUGAUCUUUUUAUUUUCAAGUUUUGAUGUUCACCUAAGUUAUAUUUGAGAUUCUGAUGAUGCCAAUAAUAGCAAAACUAUUGUAAAUAGGUAGCGAAACUUUUCCUUGUAAUCUAGACUCAUUUUUUUGAGAAUACGUAGAGGCUGUGUACCACUCAGUUUUCUAGGAGUGGUAUAAUAUUUUGUGUGAUUAACUUUAUAAUAUUUGAAAAAUUAGAUUUAUCAUCGGACGAUAAAAUAUACGUUAGUAUGCUGAACUAAAACAUUAAAAUAUCUUGAAACAGAUUACAAUUAUUGCAAUACAUAAACAAAUAAAAUAACUUGUUUUUAUUGUUAUUAUAGAAUUGUCUACCUCAUAAUCUUUAGCAAUAAUGAAACACUAAAUGCAGUGUUUUGGGAAAGAUUUCAUUUCAAUAAUUGCCUUGUAUGUGUUCUGUCCGAUGACUCCAUCUAAUUUCAUGCGAUUUAAUUUUUUUCCUUCAAUAAGAGUAUUCUUUUUACAUACAGGAACUAGUUAAAGUUACUCAAUGGAUUAUAAGUAGUAAGAUUUGAACAGUUCAGUUGAAAGGCCCAGGGUUGAAUUUUUUCACCUUCUGGUUCAUUGGGUAGUCUUUUUGAUUGAAAUUGAAAUGUAACAGGAAUACACUCAUUAUAAUGUCUAUCAUACAUUAUUAUAGACUAGAAUGAGCAUUUUUGAGGUAAUUUUAAGCCCUUUUUAAGUAGUGUAAAUUGAAAUAGGGUAAUUCUUACAACUCGUCAUUGAUGUUGAUAAGCUAUACCUGUGAUUAAUUAAUUCGCUAAUGUCCGAAAUAGGUAGAUUUCGUAAAUAGUUUGAAUUAAAAAUGUUUGUCCUGUCUUGGGAAAUUGAUGAAAAAACUAAAGACAAUUUCUGAUUUGGAACUUUUUGAUAUAAUCAAAGGGUUUUUACUACUACUAGGCCUUCAAAAUACAUAAAUAGUAUUCUAGAUUAUAGAACAACCCAACCUAAAACAAUAGAGAUUGAAUAAAACUAGAUAUUCUACAGUCGUACUAUCCAAAACCAAACAGUAUUCAGUAAAAAUAGCGUCUAAUUUAUUUUGGAGUCCCUUUUGUUUGGUAACUACUGAUCUUAUUUUUUGAAAUUUUGUUAUACCUAUGUAAUAGAUAAAUUUUGAAAUGUAUCUUUUAAUUUACCUAGUUAUUUAGUGUGUCUUUAUUUUUGCCGUUUAUUGUUAGAAAUUUAUGUUUUUACAUUAUCUGUAUUGAAAUAUUUAAAAUGGUUUAAUUUUAUAGAAACUCUGUCGUAUAUUUUUUGUCGGUAAAACAUUAUAUUCUACAAAGUUUGAAAAAAUAAAACAACUAGGUGAAAUGAUA